AGCAGUGACCUGGUCAAUUUCUUCUCGACUUGUGAUCACGUAGAAAGAGAGAGAGAGACGAGUGACGAUGGAAGAGCAGCAAGCUUCGACAUCGAGGCUCUUGGAGGGCUUCCAGUACGAGCGACUGCUCAACGAAGAUGCCCGAACGCGGACCGCCGCGAUCCUCGGUCGAUAUGUUGAUGCGCCGCCGGACGAGCGAGCCGUCAUCCUCGUCGAGAAGACACACUUUUCGCCCAGCUUCUAUCGCGCUCUCGGGGCCACUGUUUCUUCUCAGCAUGACACGGCUAGGGCGCCUCUGUCGGCGAUUCGCAGCUUGGGGUCGAACGACGUGUACAAUUGGAUGCUGGGCUGGAUGAGCUCCUCGCCGGCUUCGGCCGCCGGAGUCAAGCGUAGCGCAGAGGGGGAAGAGAAGGCGGCCGAUGUCGACGGAGAUGCAGAUGCGCAUGUCAAGCUGACACUCAUUCGGCCUGCAAGCGAGGCGCACAUCAAAAAGUAUUCGGAACAGCAGAAGGUCAUGAUCACAGAGACACCAGAGGUCUAUGAACAAGUCGUAAGACCUUGGAUUGAGUCACAGCCGGUCGGAAGGAUCCAAUGGGUCUACAACAUUCUCGAUAAGAAGAAGGAGGCCGAUACGAUCCUGUACGAGGACGCCGACGCAAAGAACGGCUUCAUCGUCGUGCCGGAUCUCAAGUGGGAUCAAAAGACGCUUACGUCCCUCUACCUCAUCGCGAUCGUCCACGAUCGCAGCCUUCGAAGUCUGCGGUCGCUGACCAAAGCCCAUGUCCCACUCCUACGGGCGAUUCAGCAGGCGGCGAGAAAAGUUGCUGGGGAGAAGUACGGUCUGCCCACAGCAGACAAGGGCAAGCUCAGGUGCUUCUUCCACUACCAACCGACAUACUAUCACCUUCAUGUCCAUAUCGUCUCCUCCGACUAUCAGUCGCCGCCAGGUGCCAUUGUUGGGCAGGCACAUCUCCUCGACGACGUUAUCGAUCUCCUCGAGAUGGGCGUCGACUUCACAAAGAGAACCCUGACCUACUCUCUGGGCGAGCAGACGGAGCUCUACACAGUCCUUUGCGAACGCUUGAAACUGUAGAUAAUCUCAUUUGCGUACAUCGUCAUGAACAAUUUCGUCAAAAGAAC